GGCGGGGCGGGCUGAGGCGGCGGCCCGCGGUCGAGUGGGGACCUGGCCGCGGAGCUCCCGGGCGGGGAGGCGGGUUCGCAAGCCCAAAACCAGCACUUCCCGAUUUAUUUCGUUUUUUCCAGGUGACGCGACAUCGCCUCAGGCUGUAACACGCCGACUCCUGCGUUCCCCGCCGCCGGGCAAGGAGCUGGGAACAUCCUAUCGGGAUGGGGGGCCGGCGGUCUCCGUUAGAACCGGGCGUACCGUGCCAGGCAGAGUUAUGGGGUGACCUCGGGGUGUUCGAAGAAGAUGAGGAGCUGGAGGGUUUCAGGAGGGAGGCGGAAGUUCUGCGUGAGAAGCUGAGGGAGGCUCUCAGUCAUACAUCUGGUAACAUAAGGCAGUCCAGUUCUUUGACCGACCUCACCUCAGACAGUACCUGGGAUCAGCAAAAGCCUCACUUGUUUCCUAAGUCCCGCUUGAGGCCAAAAAGCGCUUCAUCUCCCUGGAUUCCUUCCAUCACCAUCCCUCAGCCUUUCAAAAUGACCCUGCGGGAAGCUCGCAAAAAGUCCGAGUUGAUGAAGUCAUACAUGUUUCUUGAACUAGACAAACAAAGAGACAAAAGGCAAAGCCAGGAUGAAGCUGAAUGUCAGAAACAAUUCCGGGCACAGCCUGUACCUGCCCAUGUGUUUCUGCCCCUUUAUCAGGAAAUAAUGGAGCAGAAUGAGAUUCGCAGGCAAGCAGCAACACAGAAAAGAAAGGAGCUGCUACUUUCAACACAGCGGCCCUUCAGUUUUCUGGAGAAGGAAGAGAAAAAGAAAGAAGCUAUCAGACAAAAAUUCCUGGCAGCAGCAGCCCCAAAUGAGAGCUCCAAACAGAAGCAAGCCAGUAAAAAAGUUCCUAAAUCUACUUAUGACUCACUUCUUGGAGAUAAACUCAAAGAAGCUGAACUCUACAGGGAAAUCCGUAUUCAAAUGAGAGCAAAGGAUUUGCUAGAGAGCUCCGUAGCUCCUAUAGAUACCAGCAACUGUCGGAGGGAGCCUCAGUCCCGAACUGCCACCAGAACUAAGCAGGAAAAACUUGGCUUCUUACAGGACAAAUGUUUCAGCUUCAAACCAAGGAUUAAUCCAACAAUACCAGAUUUUGAAGAACUUUACUGGGCGUUUCAGAGGAAAACAGUAAGGAGACAAGAAAUCAAAGAGCCAACUCGUAAUAAGCCAUUCAAGCUGAGAACCUCCAAUCUCCAUGCCAGGCAGAGGCAAGCUAAUGAAAAGAGCAAGGAUUCUCAGGAGCUUUCCAAGGUUUCAGUGCAAAAAAGUCACUCUCUGCCUGGACUUUCUUCUCUCUCUUCCAACACACUUCCUGUGCAUAUUACAGAUGCAACUAGAAAGAGGGAAUCAGCUAUUAGAUAUGCCCAAGAUAACAAAAAGGAAGGGGACAAAGAAGGAAUUUAUUGGCUGGAGAAACAGAAAAUUAAAUGUCAAGCUAUGCAAAAGUCUGUGAACAGCCGAGCAAAAGCACUGGAUCCUCAUAAAAGUCUGAAGGAAACACAAAAGGAGAAGUCAAAACAGAACAGGCAAAAUAUGCAACAGAGAACAAAAGAAUACAGAAAAGAGCUAGAAGAAAUGAAGCUGCGAGUCAAGAACAGACCAUUCCUUUUUGAACAGGUCACCAAGCACGAUGCUCGUCAAGGAGCAGAGCGUCGCUACAGACACACCCUCCAGCAGGUUGGCCUAAGUGAAGAAUUUGUAAAGAAAAAAGGGAAAGAUGCCACUGACUUGCUGGAAGAAGAAUCUGAUGUUCACAGACAGAUCACAGAAUGUCAGAUGAAAACUCUUACCUGAGUGGACAACCAAAUGUUUCCGAAGACUGGAGUAUUCAGCAAAGGAGCGACCACAUCCCUGUGCCUGACACAGAAAGGGUUUUUCCCCUACAAGGGAAAAGUAAGUUCUUAGAUUUUGGGAUCACAACUUAAUCUGAUUGCUCAAGUCCCUGAGAACAGCCUGGACUCCAUCUACUCCAUUCUCCCAUUUGGCCGUACGUAUAUCAGAGUUCCAUGGAAAUUGCACACCUAUCCUUAACUUCCUAAGUCUUUUACAGCAUUCUCUUCACCAGAGGAAACAGAGGCAUUAUUUUUAAAUAUUCUUAGACCAUCAUUCACCAAAAGUGAAGCAAGGGCCCACUGUUUCUAGAUAAUCUUCCAAGUAUAUAAAUUUUAAUAGAGUAAUACAAACCUACUUGAUCUAUGAUACAUCUUCUAUUUGCAGUUCUCAACAACCAGGUCUCGUUCCACACACUCAGAGGGUCCUGCUCCCUUUCUGCCUCUCAGUGCCAAAAAUCCCAUUAACUGUAUUUACCUUCAUAUCAGAUUCUAUACUUUAUAUCAGAUCAGGCUGAUCUUGCCAAAAUCCUGUGAGAGAUGUGUCAGUCAUUUAUAUCUAUGUGAGGAGAAACUGUAAUUCAAGGCACAAAUUGUUCUCGUGGGCUGAAAUUUAUAUCCCAGCUAUUUUUGAUUUAUUUAAAUUAUGAUAAACUGUGAGGUUACUACAUUAAUGCAGUUCAAUAAAAUUAAUCUGUUUUGAACAUUCUCUUAAUAAAGCUAGACAUAAUUUUUGCCAACAUCCCUCUAAAGAACUCAAUAUACCAUGCUUAACACUAUGAUUUCAAGUCUUUAACUGGACCCCUGUACAAAAGUAAUAGCAAGACCACAGGAAAUUAAGCAAGCUAUUUUAACAAUUUAUUGUACAAAAUAGAUGUAAUUCUUUCAGAGUAAACUUGUUUUUAAAGGUAUUUUUACUGUGGCUUUGCCUUUAGAACUCUUCUUCCCAUAGCUCAUUUAUUAGCCUCUUAUCUACAAUGGCAUUUGACAGCUGCAAGCAAAAAGGAUCAACACAGCAUGUUCCAAUUGCUGUUACAAAGCUGAAAUAUUUAGCAGAGUCCCAAACACUUUUGUACUUUCUGGCUUGCUAUAAAUCUUUAGAAGUUUGGAAAAACUAUCAUUGACCUAAAUAACAGUGCACAGUUCCAUCUACAGAACACCCUAGAGCUAUUUACACCUGCAAUUUGAUAACACCUUUGGUCUGAUCAAACGCUUAAUUACAUAUUAUCCAUUUGCAGUUUAGAAAGUUGCUAUUCACUCCUCCAGAAGCUACUACUCUGCUGGUUACAGAACACUCUCCUAUCAGUGAGGACUGUGCAUGAUCAGCUGGGCCUAUAAAGUUAAUCUGCAGCUUGGCUGGGAGCUGUAAGUGCAAAAGAAAACUGCAAAAAGUAUAGCUGCUGUUACUACACAUUCAAAAUUUUAUUAUUGGUAUACAGUUUUUAACUACAUCCCAACAUCUGCCCCCAAACCAUGUGUUCCAGCUAGUCUGCACAUACUUUAAAAUAGCAGUCUUUUCCCAUGUGCAUUGACAAACCACAUACCAUACGGUCAUGUUUAAGUAAGGCAGAAGGCACAAACAGCUGCUGGCGACCCACAUAAUCUGUAAUUUCAUUUUACCAGGGAGGCCUUGUUCUCUCAUUCUUGUCAAGGUUAUUUUGAAAUGUUAACCAACUGUAAUACAAUGCUUGCAAGGCCAUCAGGGAAUCUCUAACAAUAUUCCAAGAAGCCUGAAAUGGGCCAUUUGUUUGAGUGUUGUGAUAAUCCUAAAGCUUAAAAAACUAAACAAACAAAAUCACCAGUUUAUUCACUAUGAACUUUCCUGGUCAUUAAUUAAAUUGCUGGUCACUAUUAUAUUGCUGGUCAUUUCAACAGUAACUUUUGUGCCUCUCUCAAACAACUUUAUAGUACAAAAACACCUAAAACCCUUUGACUGCUAUACCAACUUCUAAAAAUACUGAAAGGCAGGAUCAUAUUCUCCAGAGGAGCCAUCAUAAACAAACCAUGUAUAAAAUACAGCACUGUGAAAUAAAGGUUCUUGGUUUAUUUACUAUAAAAAGCUGAGCAUGAAUUGAGAGUACACAGGCUCCAGCAUACACUAACAUCCCAAAUUACAAUUGGCACAAACAGUAGUUUGCACACCAUACUGCUGUAUUCUAAUUAAUGCUUUUUUCUACUUUUCUUUGCUACUAUAUUUUUGCUACUCAUUCUACUGCAUUCCUCAUUUUUCCGUAUGUCCCAAAUGUAGUCAUUCUACAAGCAACAUAGGUAACACAAGCUAGUCAGUCAGGCAGAUGUCAGUACAGCUCCUACUAUCUAAGCUAUUGUGCCUUUCAGGAAUUUCAAAUAACCUCUUUAUAAAACACUAUUUCAGAAGUCAUGUUCACUAACUACUCCCUAGAUAACAGUCUAGUUUCACACACCCCUCCCUCCAUCACAUAACUGCAAGGGAAUCUUCAGAAUAUGCGUUGGAACAGAAUACAGCAUCACCACACACCAUUUGACAGGUUAAAGCCUGUGUGAAACUAUACAGAAUAGUAAGAGAUUAGCACUUGAUUUAUCUGACCUAUAGA